CUAAUCCCUCCCCUGGCGGGCUCCACCUCCGACCCCUCCCGGAAGCGCCGGCAUAGCGUCCCCACAUGGAGCGCGAGCCAAGAGCCUCCGAGGCCGCCCCUGAGGCGGCAGUGCUCUUCGCCUGGGGUGCAAAUAGCUACGGGCAACUUGGCCUUGGCCACAAGGAAGAUGUGCUUUUGCCCCAGCAACUGAAUGACUUCUGUAAACCUGAAUGUGUCAGGAGGAUCACAGGAGGAGGGGGCCACUCUGCUAUUGUCACAGAUGAAGGAGGCCUUUUUGUUUGCGGCCUGAACAAAGAUGGGCAAUUGGGGCUUGGUCACACAGAAGAUGUUCUGUAUUUUACCACCUGCAGAUCCCUCCUUGGCUGUCCUGUCCAACAGGUGGCCUGCGGCUGGGAUUUUACCAUUAUUCUCACAGAAAAUGGUCAAGUUCUGUCGUGUGGAUCCAACUCCUUCGGCCAGUUAGGAGUUCCUCAUGGCCCUCGAAGAUGUGUGGUUCCCCAGGCCAUUGAGCUCCUGAAAGAGAAGGUUGUUUGCAUUGCUGCUGGACUGAGGCAUGCUUUAGCUGCUACAGCAAGUGGCAUUGUGUUCCAGUGGGGAACUGGUUUGGCAUCAUCUGGACGGCGGUUAUGCCCUGGGCAGACUCUCCCAUUGUUUUUGACAGCAAAGGAGCCAAGCAGAGUGACAGGCCUGGAGAAUUCUAAAGCAACCUGUGUUCUUGCUGGCUCAGAUCACUCAGCUUCGUUGACGGAUGCAGGAGAGCUGUAUGUUUGGGGAAGCAACAAGCACGGGCAACUGGCUUCCUUGGCUGCUUUCCUUCCUCUGCCCCAGAAAAUAGAAGCACAUUGUUUUCAGAAUGAAAAGGUCACUUCUGUCUGGAGUGGGUGGACACACCUGGUUGCUCAGACAGAAACUGGCAGAGUGUUUACCUGGGGCCGAGCGGACUAUGGUCAACUAGGGAGGAAGUUGGAGUCUCGUGAAGGCUGGAAACUACAGAGUCAUGAUUCAUCCCUCCCCUGCUCAGGACCACAGAAGAGCAUGCCUUCCUGUCUGCACUGCUUAACAGGAGCAGCUGAGGUCUCUUGUGGCUCAGAGCAUAAUCUGGCAGUGAUUGGAGGAGAGGGACCUGCCAGCUGCCCGUUGUGCCGCGUCCUGGUGGUAGGUCAGCUCUGCCUUCCUCCCACCCCCAUUCCUGCUGACCGUCAGCUGGUGCCACUCACCAGGCCCGGGCGCGAAGCCCACACCAGGUGCCGAGCAGGGCCCAAAGGAGGGACGUGCUACUCUUGGGGCUGGAACGAGCACGGCAUGUGCGGGGACGGCUCCGAAGCCAACAUCUGGGCCCCGCAGCCUGUGCCAUCUCUGCAGUCGUCACCGGGACUCCUUGUGGGCUGUGGGGCUGGCCACUCCCUGGCGCUCUGCCAGCUGCCAGCCCUCCCUGCAUUGGGCCAGCACCCCAAGGUCACUGGCCCUUCCCCAGAUGCCGCUGAGAGUGCCAAAUCUCAGGAAGCCAUGGACAGAGAAACCAGAAGGAAAGACAACCAGAAACUUCUACUGAAAGCCUGACAGGUCCAGAAAUGGGGGGGCUUGUGACAGAGGCCCUUUAAUAAAGCGAUUUUUUCUUA